AUGUCUGCUUUAGAAGAGGAAGAGGCUCAGGCCUGCGUGAAGAAUGGUUUUUACGGAUGUUACCUUUUGGUAUCAGUUGGUUCACGGUGUAAAGGGAAGACCUACAUUGGAUUUACCGUCAAUCCAAACAGACGUAUUUUGCAGCAUAACGCCGGUCCUCAACAUGGAGGGGCCAAGUCAACCGCAGGAAAAGGUCCUUGGAUUAUGGCACUAAUUGUUCACGGCUUUCCAAGCGACAUAUCUGCCCUCCAGUUUGAGUGGGCGUGGCAAAAUCCAUAUCAAUCCCGGAGACUUUCUGCCAUCCCCCCACGUACAAAACGAGAAUCCCCAUUUGACUUCAGAUUUCGCAUUCUUUGUCACAUGCUGAACUCUCCACCAUGGCGACGGUUAGGCUUGACUGUACGUUGGGCAAAUCAAGAAUACAAACGAGAAUUUUCCCCCGAACUUGCGCCUCCAAUUCACAUGCCUGUUGCCUAUGGACCGAUUGAGACACCAAAGCCUUCCAACUCGUCUUUCUUGCCACCGCCAUCGAAGGCCGACCUUUUCUGCCAAUUGUGCCUCAAGCCCUUUGAUGAGUCGUCGGAUUUGGCCUCCUUGUCCCUCCACUGUCCUCUCGGAUGUCCCCAGGGUGUGUGGCACAUUGUCUGUCUGGCCAGGCACCUGACCUCGGAGGCGGCAAAACGGCCACUGUCGUCAGUCCCUGCUGUCGAGGAGGCUCCGCCCAAGCCGCAGCUUCUCCCCCUGGACGGCAUCUGCCCUGCCUGCGAAGCGGCUGAAUUCCUGUGGCCGGAGCUGUUAGCCAGUCAGCAGCCGGGAGUUUUCAAAUGA